UUUUCCAUAACAGUUUCCUGUGCACGAGAGGCAGCGCUGGAUGCCCAAUUUCUUGUCUUAGCAUCAAAUCUAGGAAAGGAGAAAGCCAAUGAGCUGCACUCUGCGAUGACAACAUUUGAUUCACUAGCAUUUGCGGAAGAUUUGCUAACCUUCAUGGGUAUAAAUCGCAUAGAAGCAGAAGAAAAUGAUAGUGAUCCUGAGGGCAUUUCAGGUGGCUAUUUACCUAGCAAUGCCUGGCAUAAACUGGGAGAAGAAACAGAAAAGUACUUCAGAAGAGCACCUUCUUUUCACUAUAUGCUGGGAUCUUUCAAGUCUGAUCCUCCCGUACCAAGGCAACGGAUUGAGAGGCAGAAAAAGGCUACAGGAGGAGAAGAAAAACGGGCAAUGCCUGCUCAGUUAAAAAAAAUGGAGGAGUCUCAUCAGGAAGCUACAGAAAAAGAAGUAGAGAGGAUCUUGGGAUUAUUGCAAACUCAUUUUAAAAAUGAUCCUGAUACACCUAUUUCCUUCUUUGAUCUUGUGAUUGAUCCAAACUCUUUUGCACGCACUGUGGAAAAUAUCUUUCAUGUGUCCUUCAUUAUAAGGGAUGGUUUUGCAAGAUUAAAACUGGAUGACGAUAAAUUGCCAAUAAUAGAACCUUCAAAAGACAACGAGGGAAGGGAGGAUGACCAUAGUGCUGGAGCACGGAACCAGGUUGUCAUCUCUCUGAACCAUCAAGAAUGGAAGGAGAUCGUAGAAACAUAUGAAAUAACAGAACCCAUGAUUAGCCCUCUUUAUCGUAGAAAUGAAGAUGAAAUGGAGAUAGCUUAA